UCUUUUGCGGUUUCACAUUAGAUUUGAGUGGGCGCGGAUAGGAACGCAAAAACCUCCUCGUUCUGUCGCAUAGAAAUCCCCCUCUUCACACAGUAACUUGUGACUUUACGGCUUUUAAUCAGUGCUCCACGUCCUCGGAGCUUUCGGCGUGGGCAGCAGCUCUUUACAACCAUCGCUUGUGUCAGGCCAUUUCUUGUAAAUACUCGCAGUUCAGAGAAAGAACCCUUCCUGAAUGGGCCGUCGGAGGCGCAGCCAUUGGCUCGAGCAAGAGGCAGCGUUGGCAAGCCCCUCCCUCCUGCUUCAUUCAUGUAGCACCACAAACUUUAUAGGCAGCUUGUUCAGGGGAGCGCACUUGAUUUAUCCCGAGGCAUAAAUCAGAACCUCACCCAUAGCCAGGAGCUCACCGGCCUGAUUGACUGUAAAAGGGAACAAUCUGAGGUAAAACAAAAUAAAAUAAAAAAAAAGACGCGCUGUCACGAUGUCAAACUCGGGUGGUCGCAGACUGAAGCAGUGGCUGAUGGAGCAGAUCCAAAGUGCGCAGUACUCUGGGCUGCAGUGGGAGGAUGAAAGCCGCACCAUGUUCAGAAUUCCGUGGAAACACGCAGGAAAGCAGGAUUACAACCAAGAAGUUGACGCAUCUAUUUUCAAGGCCUGGGCUGUGUUUAAAGGCAAGUUUAAAGAGGGGGAUAAGGCUGAGCCUGCAACAUGGAAGACCAGACUCCGCUGUGCCCUCAACAAAAGCCCUGACUUUGAGGAAGUAACAGAGAGGUCACAGCUGGACAUUUCCGAGCCAUACAAGGUGUACCGCAUCGUGCCCGAAGAGGAGCAGAAACAUGGUAAAAUACCAGUGAUCACCAUGACAGGUCCCACCAGUUCUGGUGACCACACAGACAUGGCCUGCAGCCCUACAGAAAUAGAGGAGCUCAUUAAGGAGGAGGACGGCUGCAGCAUCCAGGCCAGCCCAGAGUAUUGGCCCCAGAGCAGCAUGAAUGCUUUCUCUCUGCAUCAGGACCCGAUGCCAUCGGGCAACGUCAACUCAGGUUUCUCCCAGUUGAUGAUCUCUUUCUACUAUGGAGGGAAGCUGAUGUACAACACACUGGUUACUCAUCCAGAAGGCUGCCGGAUUUCCCCCCAGCAGCACCUGGGUCGUGGCGCCCCCUACAGUUCAGACAGCAUGCAGAACAUUCACUUCCCCCCGGCGGAGCUUAUAGAGUACGAGAGGCAGCGCUACUUCACCCGCAAGCUGCUGGGUCACCUGGAGAGAGGCGUGCUGGUGCGUGCAAACCAAGAGGGCAUCUUCAUUAAAAGACUGUGCCAGAGUCGAGUCUUCUGUAGCGGGCUGGGGGACGGCAGCUCCCAGUACGGCUCCAUGCCCUGGAAACUCGAAAGGGAUUCUGUAGUCAAGAUUUUUGACACAGGAAGGUUUUUUCAAGCUCUACAGCUCUAUCAGGAAGGUCAGAUUGCUGCUCCGGAUCCCUCGGUGACGCUGUGUUUUGGAGAAGAGCUGAACGACGUCAGCAGUGCCAAGAGCAAACUGAUCAUUCUACAGAUCACCAUGGUGAACUGCCAACACAUGCUGGAGUCCCUGAACAUGCGUCGCUCGCAGCCUUACACCAGCAGCCCAAACGUGGAGAUGAGCGAUGAUGUGGCCACCGAGCAGAUGGCCAGAAUCUACCAGGACUUGUGCAGCUACAGUGUUCCCCAGAGGCCGGCGUGCUACAGGGACAACAUGCCCAUCACUGCCUGAGCAGCUCGACAAGAUUCGCCUUUAAACAUAUCAGGCAUUCUAUAGAAGUUUCAUGUGCACCAAAGAAGUGAACUGAAAGUUACAGAGGAUAAGAAAGCAUCAUCUCUUCUCUGACAGUAGGACUUUUAGAGGGAGGCUCAAUUUUCAAGCUUCCAUUUUGGUUUUGCGUGGACUUUAUGUUGCAUCCAUGCAAGGGCAGAUAGCGACUUUAUCAAUUUAAGAUAUUAUGUUAGAAGCAGGGGUUGAUAAAUACUUUACAUUGACAAAGCUUCAUUCAAGCUAGAUUUAUGUAAGUUAGGCUGUUAAGUUCUCAAACUGGAUUUUACUCGUUUUUCUUUUUCACAGUUUCAGGAGCUUAGAUGAUUAAUUCUUGUGUGUGUCAAAGUAAAAAGCAGUCGAAUACUAUCUCAUUUCAUACUAUCGUAUUUUCUACAGAAAAUGAAAAUAUUUUUGUAUUGGUUGACAAAAAUUGCAUAUUGUUUUGGAUGCAAUGUGGCAUUAAAGUACAGAUAGGUUUUACUAUCAAACUGUUCUCCGAAUAAACUGUAUUUCAAAUAAAGAGUUUUACAGAAA